AUGUCGAUGUCCCACUACGGCAGCACCGGCAACCUGUCGCUGGGCAAUCGACAGGCCAGCCCGUCCUACGCGAGUCUGCAGCGAAAUCAGGACGAAUACAACCGCUUCGAGACAAAGCGUCACCACGACCGCUCAUCAGAAGAACGUCGCCUGCGUGAAUCCAAUGAGUCGAAAUUCUCCGGAUACGGCAACCGACCCGGCACCGGUGUGGAGAUGACGGAGCACAGAUGGACCGGCGGAGAGCUGAUUACAGACCCAUCGCAGCUUCCAAAAUCGCUGAAGCCGCGUCGUAUGUUCUAUUCGCCUAUCGGUGACGGUGUCGUCGCUGCUGACGGUGUUGAGAAGAAGCGUGGCCCAGUCGACCUCACCCCCCGCGUCACCAUCACCACACUCUCAAAAAUUGACCGCGGAGAGCGCGGACAAGGCGGAGUCAACGUCUAUGAAAAGGAGUGGCACUCCACUCUUCCUGGCGAGGGAGCCGCGGGGUCAGUGUUCGACGGCAAUUUCCCGAAUAUUCCGGAUGGAGAGCCCUACCCAGCCUACCCAGCCUACGAGGAGCCAGUACGGCCGUUGAGCUCUGCCUCCACAUUCGACCCGUACCGUGUCGUCGAUACCAAGACCGGAUAUUUGAUCACAAACCCCCGGGAGCUUAUUCACCAAUUUGCCACCACCACUCCGAUUGCUACUAUGGGCCUCGAUGACGGCACCCCAUUGACAAAGCACACCAGCGUCAAGUCGAUGUACAGCACGCUGGAGACGCAGGAGACCGAGCAGAGGUUCGCUCCGUACGCCCCGUACCGAGUCCAGAACGGCUCGUCAAGCCAUGGUGGCAACAGCGGCGUCGUUUCCCCCAAUCGUUUUGUGCGGAAUUUGAGGGAUGAAACCAUGACCCAUUCACAACGUGAAGCCAACACCCAUCUGGAUGCGUUGAACCAGAGGGACCCGAACUCUAGCCAUCGCGUUCAGCUGACCAACCAGCUCGUCCAUGGCCUUAACACCCGAUAU